GGAAACCUCGAGACUAGGGGUCCAGAGACUGGCUGCCGGUUCCCAGACACUUGGGGGAGAGAAGGCUGAAACGAUGCAUCAGAUUUAUAGCUGCAGCGAUGAAAAUAUAGAAGUUUUCACCACCGUGAUUCCUUCCAAGGUGUCCAGUCCAGCCAGGAGAAGAGUCAAAAGCUCUCAACACCUCUUGACCAAGAAUGUGGUGAUCGAGAUGGACCUCUACACGUCCCGGCCCCUGGAGCUGCUGCCGCACCAUAGCGACCUUCGGGACGCAGGCGAAGACCACAGGUUCCGGCGUCUACAGAACGCUCGGCCUCCCGGGGCGCAUCCCGCCAAAACCCACUCCAGACCUGUGGGGAUUUCUGAACCCAAAGCAUCAAAUCUGUGUGGGAAUCGAGCAUAUGGAAAAUCACUGAUUCCUCCAGUGGCCCGGAUCUCAGUGAAAUCUCCAGCUGCAGCAGAGGUGGUAGCCACAGGCUCAGAGAAUGGAACUGUUCUAGGAAGAGGAUCCAGACAUCUCAAGAAGAUGACGGAAGAGUAUCCAGCUCUCCCCCAGGGUGCGGAGGCUUCCCUGCCACUGACAGGCAGUGCUUCCUGCGGUGUCCCUGGCAUCCUCCGAAAAAUGUGGACCAGGCACAAGAAGUCUGAAUAUGUGGGAGCCACCAACAGCGCCUUCGAGGCCGACUAA